AUGUUGUUCCUGACGAAAGUACCGAGUUCGUUCUGUUUGCUAACGCGUAGCUGCUCGUGUCCCGCGCUGCACGGUGUACGGUUGUACAGUCCGAACGCCCCUGCCACUGCCACCACCGUUUCCGCGGCCGGAAAAACGCCCGUGGAGGUGUUGAAGGAAAAACUGAACCUUGGCGAAAUACAGCCCGAUCCACACCAGGGCCGCGUCACCGAAGCGUUGCAGGUAGUGUAUGAUAGCAUUAAAACGUACAGCCCACCUAAACCGAGCACUGGCAUAGGGAAAUGGUUCAGCUUUGGCAAGGCGGAGAAGGCGGUGGCCGCACCCAAGGGACUCUACAUCUACGGCAGCGUUGGCGGUGGAAAAACGAUGCUUAUGGACAUGUUUUACGACUGCUGUGCGAUUGAUCGCAAGCGACGCGUACACUUUAACUCCUUCAUGACGGAUGUGCACACCAAGAUACACGAUAUCAAGUCGAAGCACGUGCGGGACGCCAGCAACAGCAAGCCACAACCGUUCGACCCAAUUAAACCUGUUGCCGAGCUGAUUACAGAGGACUCGUGGAUGAUUUGCUUCGAUGAAUUUCAGGUUACCGACAUAGCGGAUGCAAUGAUCUUGAAACGGCUGUUCACUUAUCUCUUCAAUAAUGGUGUGAUUGUGGUCGCCACCAGUAACCGUGCCCCCGACGAUCUCUACAAAAAUGGACUUCAGCGUAGCAACUUUGUACCGUUCAUCGGGGUGCUCAAGAAUCACUGCAACAUCGUGACGCUAGACAGUGGCGUUGAUUACCGUACUGCGGCGCUAAAAGGGGAAAGUAAACAUUACUUUGACAAGUCUCAAGGCGAUGCAAAUGCUUCAAUGGACAAACUGUUUAAAGUGCUGUGCUCCCAGGAGAACGACAUGAUACGCCCCAAAACGUUUACUCACUUUGGCAGGAAUAUAACGUUUGCGAAAACCUGUGGCCAGGUGCUUGACAGCACGUUUGAAGAACUCUGUGAUAGGCCUCUUGGUGCUAGUGACUUCCUACAGAUAGCACAAUUCUUUCACACGGUGCUAAUACGAGAUAUUCCGCAACUUAACCUGAAGCUAAAAUCCCAAACGAGACGGUUCAUCACACUGAUCGACACAUUGUACGAUAGUCGCGUACGGUUGGUCGUUUCGGCGGACGUACCGUACAAGUAUCUGUUCUCGGACGAAGCACCGGAUGAUAUGCACACCUCCGACGAGCAUCGUAUGUUAAUGGACGAUCUCAAAAUUACCAAGGAUUCAACGGACGCUAGUUCGAACAUUUUCACUGGUGAGGAAGAAGUAUUUGCCUUCGAGCGAACGGUAUCCCGCUUGGCCGAAAUGCAAUCGGCCGAAUACUGGUCGCUCUGGGAGAAACAUCGUUAG